AUGCCUCCCCGUGAAGGUCUCGUUCAUCCGAAAGAAUAUGAUAUCAAAGACAGCAAUGUGGAGCUGAUCGGAUCCGACCUCGACCACCGCGUCAAAUACAACUCCGCUGCUUCCGAGCCUGCAUGGAACAAUGGAAAGAUUGGCCAGGAGAUUGGGCUCUUCGUCUGGCGUAUUGAGAAUUUCGAAGUCGUCCUCUGGCCCAGAGAGAAGAUGGGCGAGUUCUACGACGGAGACAGCUUCAUCGUGCUGCAUACAUACAAGGUUGGCGACGACAAGCUAGGCCACGAUAUCUUCUUCUGGCUGGGCAGCAAGACAACUCAGGACGAGGCGGGCACCGCUGCAUACAAGACAGUCGAGCUGGAUGAGUUCUUGCACGGGGCUGCGACUCAGCAUCGUGAGGUUCAGGCACAGCCCUCCAACGAGUUCUUGGCGUUGUUCCGUCAUUACGCGGUCCGAUCCGGAGGUGUUCGCUCGGGAUUCACCCAUAUUGAGCCUGAAGAAGCGAAAGAAGUACUCACACUUCUCCGCAUCUUCAAGUACCCUGGCUCCACCCGGACGGGCACCAUCAUCGUGCACGAAGUCGAGCCUACUUGGCAAAGCCUCGAUGAUCAUGACGUGUUCGUUUUGGAUAAGGGUGAGAAGAUCUGGGUUUGGCAGGGCAAAAGCUGUAGCCCGAUGGAGAAGGCCAAGGCCGCUCAGGUGGUGAAUGACAUGACUUUGGCGAAGCAUGUUGAUGUUGAGGUUCUUUCCCAACUCGAGUCAAGAUCUCGGAUCGUUGUAGACCUGCUUGGUGGUAAGGAAGCCAAUCAAUCUAGCUUCCAAUGCCCGCGACCUGGUUCCUUCGCGAAGCGCAGUGUGGAGGACAGCGAUAGUUCUCGGUCCCGGAAGCUCUUCCGGCUCAGCGACGCCUCAGGCUCACUAUCCUUUGAUCUCGUCAAAGAUGGGGGUCGUGUCAGCAAGACCGACCUCGACGGAAACGAUGUCUUCAUCUACGAUGCUGGCAAUCGCAUCUGGGUCUGGCAGGGCUUGGAAGCCAGCGCAGCUGAGAAGGCGAUGUGGAUGAAGGCUGCUCAAGCUUAUAUCCGCCGUCUUCUGGAGGACCAAGAAAAUGCCGAGGCGUACCUCACUCCUAUCUCCAAGGUUGUACAGGAUCAUGAGAGCCCGGCCUUCUUGAAGGCACUUGCGGCCUAG